AUGAGUUCGGAACGUUCAAUUUCACCUGAUCCAUUACCCAGAUCUCAUUCUCAUCCUAGUGUUAUCCUUACGGAUGGUAAGGAUAGUAAUAGUCGUACUGUUCGACAGUCAUCAUCAGCAGUACAAAAACGUCGACGAGACAGUUCAAAUCGUAGUCCUACACCAGUGUCACCUCGUUCACCUAUAUCACGAUCACGUAGUCGUAGUUCUAUUGAAGGUUCGAAAUCACCUGGCAAUCGUAAAGAUACUAAUCAACGUUCACCAUCACCACCACGUCAAUCAAGUUCAUCAUCUAAACGACGUCGUCAUAAAGAUGGUGGCGAUUCUGGUCGACAUAUUUGUGAAAUUUGCUCAUGCGAUGUUGAAGCAGCAAAACGUUUAUUUGGUGUACUCGACAAUUGCGAUCAUAUUUUUUGUUAUGAAUGUAUUGUUUCAUGGAAACGUUCGAAAUACAGCAAUGCUGAAUCAGAAAGUUGUCCGGUGUGUAAAGUUCGUUCAGCAUUUAUAACACCGAGUAAACAUUGGUAUGAUAAUAAAGAUGACAAGUAUCGUAUUGUUAAGAAGCAUAAAAAUCAUUUGAAGACACUUCCUUGUCGUUAUUAUCUUCGUCAUGGUUUUUGUCGUUACUCGGAUCGAUGUUUUUAUGAUCAUCAUGAAGCUGCUAAACAAUAUCGACAACAACAUCAACAUUCAAAAGAUCGUGAUCGUGAAAGAGAUCGAGAUCGAGAACGUGAUCGUGAUCGUUAUCAUGGUUCACAUAAUGGUAGUCGUUCACAUAAUUAUUCACCUUCACCACCAUCGGCAUCAUCAAGUCGAUAUUCGUCAUCUCGUUAUCGUGAACGUGCUUAUUAA